AUGGCGCUUCAUGGGUCUGGAUUUUCAUGCAAAGUAUCAAACACAGUAAAGAUCCCUUCUCUGUUUGGUGGCUCUACGAAGCUGCUUCACAUGCCUAAGUCUUAUCCGAACCAUUGCAAUAUGGUUUCAGCCCGCAAUACAUUCGGGUCGGGUCGUCUCAAGCUGCAAAACAAAGAACCGUUCUCUCGUCUAAGGCCGUGUCGAGUCAAACACGAAGACAGUAACAACCAAACCGCAGAUGUUAGCAUAUCAAUCGACGAGAACACCUUGAAGCAAGAACUCGAGACUGCGAUCAAGGAAGAGAACUACGUGGAGGCAGCGAAGAUCAGGGAUAUACUAAAAGAGCUUCAGGAAGACAAGAAAGGCUCUGUUUUAGCAGCCAAUGCUCGGUUCUACGAAUCUUUCAGGAACGGUGACUUGGCCGCGAUGCAAUCGCUGUGGUCGAGAUCAGAGAACGCGUGCUGCGUCCAUCCAGGAGCCAAAGGGAUAAUUGGGUACGAAGACGUGAUGGAGAGCUGGGAAGUUGUGUGGAUGAACUAUGAGUUUCCGUUGAGGAUUGAGCUGAAAGAUGUGGAGGCUCAUGUGAGAGGAGAAGUGGGUUAUGUGACGUGUAUGGAGUUUGUGAAGACGAAAGGGAGUAGUAGCUGGGGAGCUCAGUUUGUGACCAAUGUGUUUGAACGGAUUGAUGGGGAGUGGUUUAUGUGCAUUCACCAUGCUUCUCCUUUUGAGAUUUGA